AAGUACCGCGAGGGAAAGAUGAAAAGGACUUUGAAAAGAGAGUCAAAGAGUGCUUGAAAUUGUCGGGAGGGAAGCGGAUGGGGGCCGGCGAUGUGUCCCGGUCGGAUGUGGAACGGCGAGAGCCGGUCCGCCGAUCGACUCGGGGCACGGACCAGCGCGGAUUGCGGCGGCGGCCAAAGCCCGGGCAGUUGAUAUGCUCGUGGAACGCCGUCGCUGCGAUCGUGGCGGACAGC